UUGCCCAGGAGGGGGGAUAACUUUUUUUAUUUGCAUUGUCCUCCGUAUAAUUUGUUCCGUAAUCAUAAGAUUAGUGAGCUUAGAAAAUUUCUUUUCCUUGUUAUUGAAAUUAUGCAGAAAUCAAAUUAAUCUAAAUUUACUUAUAUUAGUAAACCUGCAUAUAAAAUCUUAUGGAUUCGCUGUAGAAGAAGUAAUUAACCACAAAAUGAGUAAAAGCAGCUUAGAAGCUGCUGCAGAGGCUGCAGCAAAGGUCAAUGCUAUGUUAAUAGCUAAAGGAAAAUUAAAAUUGUCUUCUUCACAAAUUAAACCCAAGAUUGGAAAUAAUUUUGCUAAUAACCGAUCUAAGAUUGCUGGUGAUCUUGUGACUGCUGAAGUUGAUAUAAAUGAUGCUCCUUUGAGUGCAAGAAAUUUGUUGACCAGAGGUCAUAUGCAAGAUGAGAUUUGCAAACUUAGUGGAGCUGCAAUAUCAACAAGAGGCAGAUACAUGACACCAGAAGAAAGACAAAAUAUUGCUACACCUGAGUGCCGGCCUCUAUAUUUGAAUGUUCAAGCUUCAAGUUUUGAAGCUGUUAAAGUUGCUGUGAGAAGAAUACAAGAAAUAAUUGAUCAAGAGGUCUUAUCUUCUGGUCUUCCAAAAAGUCCUACUGUUGGUGUUGUAACUUAUCCUCAAAAUUGUACCAAUGGUACUGUUAAUACUGGUUUUCAAGCAAAUCAUGUUCCUACAGGGUCACAUUUUGUUCAGGAUAAAGUAUUUAUUGGAUUGGAGCAAGCUCCAUCUGAAUAUCCUGUUAGAGAAAAGAUUUUGGGUCCUGGUGGCUCAUUUUUGCAACAUAUCCGUUCUGAAACUGGUGCUUCAGUUAUGCUAAGAGGUAAAGGCUCGGGUUUCCUUGAACCGACUUCUGGCAGGGAGGCAUUUGAACCACUCUACAUACAUAUAACGCAUCCCAAACCAGAAGGCCUUCAAGCAGCCAAAGCACUGGCAAUUAACUUAGUAGAAACAGCCCAUGUAGAAUUUGCUCAAUGGCAACAAGCACAACAGCAGUCUGUAUUGCAACCAUUAACGUCUAUUGUAUUACCUCAAGCUACUCCAGUUGCUUAUCAAAAUCAAGUGAUGGUAACACCAGCUGUUCUUCCUGGAACAUUACCUGCAGGUACAGGUGUUGUUGCUACAGGAAUACAGAUACCAGCAUCAGUAGCAGCACCUGUAGCUGGUACAACUCUAACUACUGGUAUUCCAAGCUUAAUACAUGCUAGUAUGCCUACUCUAGUUUCUCCUGUGUCUGUUGUUUCUUCUGUACCUAUGUCAGUUCAAGCCAUAUCUCCCACUGUCAUUUCUUAUCCAACAUAUGUUGCCAAUACAAAUUCUAUUAUUGCAAGACCAGCUAAUCCUGUACUAGCUCGCCCAGCGGCUCCUGCAGUUAGUAUUCUUAGUGUUGUUCCAACACUCCCUACUGGUGCUGCUUAUACCUCUGCACGGCCUAGGCCAGCAUACCAAAUACAGCCUGUGGUAUACACAAAUGUACCACCUUUACAGCCUGCCAAUCUAGCCCAAUCUCCAAUGCCUGCAACAUCUAUGGUAGUAACUCUUACGGAACCUACAAAUUAUCCCGUGCAAUCUCGAUUUACACAUCCUCCUCCAAUAACUCAGUCUGAACUUGCAAAACAUAGAUAUUUUAGUAAUAUGAAUAUUUCGGUGCCUUCAUCUGUAAAUACAGCACCUACGUAUUGCUUGCAGGAGUCUAAUGUAAACCAUCCAACAGAGCUGCAGCCCAGAAGAGGACCCAGUAACCCGCCACAACAAUCAGAUCCCCAGGACCGUGAGCUCAUGCCGCCUCCCCCUACAACCUUGACCUCAACUCCAUCAUCAGCCAAAGAAAAAGAAGUUAGAGAAUUUUCUCCAGAAGAUGAAGGGCAGCAAAGGAAGAGGUUGAAAGGUGCAUUAGGAGGCAUAGCUUCUAUAUAUGGAUCAGACGAUUCUGAUGAGGAGGAUGAAGAAGAUACACUUGCUUCAAAAUCCUGAUAAACGUUCUCUAUAUAAACUUUGACUUAAAUUGUCUGGUCCUUGUAUAUAGGCUAUUUUAAGAGCCAAGUGCCUUUUCCCUUAAUUUUAUAUCAUUUUUCCCCCUCGACAUUAAGUGCAUUGUAUAUUGAGCUGCAUCAAGAGUUGUACAUAUUGUAAAAAUAUAUAUAUAUAUUCUUUAUUCUGUAAUUCUAAAUUGCAUUGUGGUAUAUCAAAGUAAAAAUAUCUCGACUA